CCUUCCUCCUGUGACCACUGCGGGUCCCCGGCGCUGAGCGGCGGGACAUGGAGGACCAGGACGGCUACAUGGCCUUAGAGCAGUGGAGGAAACGAGGGGCUGCGGGGAACCCCCCGUCCUCCCCGGGGGCAGGAUCUGGCUUUCCAGAACCCCGGGGGGUCCCCCCCACAGCCCCCCUGCGCCGUCCCCGCUGCCUCCUCGGGGCCCUCACGGCUGCCCUGGCGCUGUCCCUGGUGCUGUGUGUGUCCUGGUGGGUGGCAGAGAGGGCACAGCCCGAAUCGACCUCGGGGUGGGGGAACACCUCCCUGAGACCCCCCUGUGCCAGCCUGGACGGCACCUUCAGGGAGCUGAGGAGGAUCCUGUGCCCCCCGCGAGAGGCCGAGGGGUGCAGGCUCUGCCCCGUGGGCUGGAUGCUGGGCAGGACCAAGUGCUACUGGGUCUCGGAAAGGAUGAACUCGUGGCACGGGAGCCGGGAGGACUGCGGGGACCGCGGGGCCGCGAUGGCGAUGCCGUGGGACAAGGACGAGCUGGAUUCCCUCAAUGAGACCCUGAGGAAACCCACGCGCCACUUCUGGAUCGGGCUCUCGGUGCCCGCGCCCGGCGUGGGCUGGACGUGGGUGAACGGCUCCCGCCCGGACUGGAGCCGGUGAGGAGCG